ACAGCCUGUCGGUGCUGUUCUGAACAACACAAGUGAAAAAGUCGUGUGGUUUUCGAAAUACCGCAAAUUUUCAUUCAUUACCAACUAAUAGCAACCAAUUUUCUAAACUAACGUACGCUGCCGGGCACGAUCGCUGUACGAUGGACCCAUUCAGCUCGUGGCUUAAUGACAAACUGCGUGCGUUCAACACCGACGAAGGAAUUUUCGGUUCCUACAUUACGGGCAUCCUGGAGGGUGACGAGAACAACGAAGAAAAGAUCGAAGCUCUCGAAGGCAUCCUGGCGGAGAUCAUUGUCAGAUACUGACACAAAUUCAUUCAUCAAAGAAAUCCUGGACAAGUGGAAAAGAUAUCACUCCUCCACGGAACCAUUGGCUACUGGACCGAGUUUGAAGCUUGAUGUCGACGAACAACUGGCAAAGUUGCUAGAAAAUCAAAAACUAGCCAAAAAAGUCGAACGGGAGUAUACCGAUGAGGAACGACGAAUUAAGCAGCAAAUUCUGUCGCAAUACAGUCAGCUCUCUGAAAGCGAUCACGAAGAUGCGGACGUCGAUCCGGGGCCCAGUGGAGCGACCGGUGGAUCAUCUUCCGAUGGUGGGUUGAUUCGAAAUACCAACGCCUCCGAUGUGGCCGCCCUGGUGCGGGAAAAGCGCGAACAAGCCAAACUGGAGAGCCAACAGAAGAAGGAAAAGGACAGACAGGAUCGCGAAAAGCAGAAACAACUGCGCGAAGAAAAGAAGGAAAAACGUAAAACCGUCAAGGGGGAACGGCGCCGGUAGCGCCCUUGAAUGAAGGAACCGUAAAUUUCGGAAGUUAAAAGUAAGCAUGUUGUCAUUUUUCUCUGUCAUCUAUUGUAUUAAACCUGCAAAGCCACCAUCACGAGUGCUCAAGGGUACGAACCGAGGCCAGGUUGGCUAUACCAACAAGCUUCGGUUUUGCUUUGAAUGAUAGUUUGCAGUCAGUCACGUUGAAAAAAGGUCUGUUUUA